AUGAAUUAUCCACAAUGUGUUGUUAUACAAAUCGUUUCGAUAUAUUCUGCCUACACUGCUGGCAUAACAUGUUAUGAAUGUUCAUCUGGCAUUGCCCAAGACUGCCUUCUAUCAAGUAUUUCCUGCACCUAUGGACUGUUCGGUUGUAUGAAAGCUACAAUUUAUUCUGGUGGCAUCGACAAAUUUGGCAAUUAUAUGAACCAAAGAGACCGUACAAUGGCAAUGUACAGAGGUUGUGCAGUGUUACCGAUUGCAGAAGCGGAUAGAUGUCAACAAUUUUCAAUACUUGGCUAUCGUAUUGUCACUUGCUUCUGCUUCAAUGACUUUUGCAAUGGUUACACACCAAGUAAACCAACCUUUGUGGUGGUUUUGUCGGUUAUAUUCUACCUUGCCUAUAUUAUAUAA